UGCGUCGCGACGGCUACCGCGAAGCUUCUUCGGCAACCAACAGCAAAUAUGGACAUUACCGUUCGAGUGGAGGUGCAAUACGUGGCGCCCGAGAACGCACUGAUCCGAGACGUGCUGCAGAUGUUCCGCACGCCCGCCUGGGUGCGCUUCAUGGUGCGCUACAUCUCGCCGCACCUCAAGAACGCGGCCCCCGCCGACAAGUCGGUCAUGGACAACCUUGCCUCCUGGACUGUCAGCGGCGCAAAGACCCCCAAAGUGGGCUCUAAGCGCUCGAUUACCAGCGUCUCUCCCAGCUCUUCGUGCGCCCAGGAUUGUGUCAUUUGCCUUAGCGAGCUGCAGAACGGCGACGAGCAAUUUGUGUCGCUGCCUUGCGGCCACGAGUUCCACCUGCCAUGUAUCCGCUCGUGGCUCAAGCUGCGCAGUACCUGUCCGAGCUGCCGUUUCCAGUUUCGCAAGGCGUUCUCGGGCAGCUACGCUGUGCGCACGCUCAACUCGGCGCUGCUGCUUAAGCAGGAACACCGACCACUGCCCAAGGAGGAGAUUCUCAACACAUGUGUAGGCCGCGAGACGGUUCGCGCCGUCGUUAAUGUCACACUCAGCCAGAUUGCCGCGCAUGCCAAGCAGAGUCAGUACCCGUGCGUACUCAACGCCCUCAUGAUUCACUCAAACGGUGACAGCUUCACAGAGGCCGCUGCCUCAGAUGCCGCCCUAGCCAAGAACAGUAACAGCAGCAACGGUGACAAGGAGACUGAAGACGGCGGUAGCAAUGAGCCUCGCUCUAAACGAACACGCGUGGCUUAG